GAAUCAGUGUGGAAAGAUGAAGCUUCUACUCAGCAGUCUGCUACUCUCCUCUCUCUGUGCCCUCUCAUCUUGGAGUGUUUCUUCAGGCACACUUGUUGUUACCCAGAGUCCUGAUGUCUCUGUCAUGGAGGGGGAGAGAGUGAACAUCACCUGCUGCUGGACAGGGGGGUUUGAAAGAAUGAGAAUUAGUUGGCUGAAAAAUCAAACAGAAAUAAAGACGGAGACAUUUGAGUCGAAGAAUUACUCUCAAGGAUCUCUGAGAAAGGAGACAUCUGGCUGCUCAGACUUGAUCUUUACUAAUAUCAAAAGAGAGGAUGCAGGGAGAUACACCUGCAGGAUGACUGUGGAGAUACCACUUUUAGAAGUGGCUGAAGGAAAUGGCACUUACAUCACAGUUACAGACAGAGACAGAUCAAAGAUCAACCCAGCAGCAGGUUCUCACAGCAAUCUUCCACCAUAUCCCGUGAUAAUUUCCCUGGCUGUAGUGGGCCCGUUGCUCAUCAUCACUCUCGUGUAUUUCUGCAUUCUGCGAAAGAGACAUGGUUCAUCACAAGCAGCCAGGGUGAUCUAUGAGGUUCCCCAUAUUGACUCUGAGGAGGCAGACAUGGACAAACACAGCACCAGCUCCUCCAGAGGCUCUUCUCAGUGGUGUCAGGUACCAGUGUAUGAAUCCGUCGAUUACUUUGAACGUGUGGAGACCAAAGAAUGUGGAUGAGGGUUUGCUCAGUACACAGUAUUUUCCUUCCCUGCUUUUCUGCAUGUACUGUACAUAUUGUACAUUCACUUACUGACCUUUACCUGAACUAUGUAAAUGCUUUUAUGGGUGUAAAUAUUUUGUAUUUUUCUAUAAACUAAGUCUAAUCCA